UAUUUUUAUAGCAAUGGAUAGGAAAGGAACUAUAGUUACCAUUAUUUAUAGGUUAUGUUUAUUUGUUCUGGUCGUAAGCUGCAGAGCAGAUACAAACUCUGAAGUUAUCGUAACAUUGAGCACAGGAAAAGUUUCUGGAUUGAAACUAGUCUCUGCAGUCAACAAGGUCUAUUAUAGCUUUCAAGGUAUCCCAUAUGCCGCCCCUCCAAUUGGCUACCUCCGAUUUAAGCCUCCCAGACCACCCCACAGGUGGAAUGGCACAUUGAAAGCCUACGAAGCUCCUCCAGCCUGCUCUCAGCCAUGGCAAAGAGUACAGUUUCCAGAGAAAUACAGCGAAGACUGUCUGUACAUUAGUGUCUUCACUCCCUACCUACAGCCACCAGGAGAUAAGCUUUUACCAGUCAUGGUGUGGAUUCAUGGAGGAAAGCAUUACCAAGGGUCAGCCACCAAGCACAAGUAUGGAGCAGACUUUCUGAUGACUGGGGAAGUAAUUGUGGUCACCUUCGACUACAGACUUGGUGUAUUUGGUUUUCUUAACAUGAAUACAAAAAGUGCUCAGGGUAACGCGGGUUUGAAAGAUAUGGUGGCAGCUCUGAAAUGGGUACAAAAGGAGAUCAGACAUUUUGGUGGCAACCCCAACAAAGUCACUAUAUUUGGAGGGAAUUCAGGAGCGCAGGAUGUCAGCUGCUUAUACCUCUCUCCAUUAUCUCAAGGACUUUUUCACCGAGCCAUCUCUCAGAGUGGCCAGUACUGUGGUACCACCAGCAAUAACAUCAACACUGUACUCUCUAGCCGCACUCUGGCACGUCUGCUGGGUUGUGACUACAGGAAACCUGAGGCUGUUGUUGCCUGCCUGAGGGGCAUCACUGCUCAGGUGCUGGCCGAGAGACAGAUGGAAGUUGCCACUCAAGAGCCAGGAGAUCUAGAGAACCCAUUCCUGCAGAGUGUAGAGGAAGACCAUGGUGAGGAGGUGAUGAUCCCAGUUGACCCCUCAGAGUUACUACAGUCAUCAACCUCCAAAGUCCCGUACCUCAUGGGUCUCAAUACUGGGGAGGGUAUCAUGGAAAUAAAGGAUCUUCAAGAAUACCCAAAUCAGUUCAGUGAUUUUGAGCGAGACUUUGAGAAGUAUCUUCCAUACAACAUAAAGGAAAAAAGUUCUAAAAAAGCACUACAGUAUAUUAUAAAGAAAUUGAAGAAAUUUUACUUCCAUAACAAAAAUGUAACCGUUGACACCAUUGAUGGGUUUAUUGAUUUCAUGACAGACAAAAUGUUCAUGUACAGCAUCGUGACACACGCAAAAUAUCUGAGUAACCACACAAACGUCUUUUUGUAUCUGUUUGCAUACAACGGAGCGUUUGAGGAGCCUCUCAAAAUUACCAAAGACUUAAAUUUAACAGGAGUGGUGCAUGGCAGAGAGCUAGGCUACAUGUUCUACCGGCCCACAGUGAUAGAAACUCAAUCUCACAUGUCUGACUACCCACAGGAGUGUGAGAUGGUAACCAAGAUGGUCACCUUAUGGACAAACUUUGCCAGAUAUGGGAGUCCAACACCAGUGGAUGACCCUGUGCUUGGAGCUACUUGGCUCCCAGUCAAUGGCUCUCUCACCCAGCACCUGGUCAUCAACAGUUCCCUGACCAUGGACCAGACCCCGCUGUACUCGGCCCGUGUGGCUAUGUGGGACGAGGUGUACUUGAUAGCAGAGCAGGACAUUGCCGAGGCCUCGUGGUCCAUCGCCAUCAUGAUAGUGACGGCUGUCUGUGUAUUGUCAGUCUCCAGCCUCACAUUUCUGUUGUACGACUGUUGUUGUCGCAAACGAGACCAGUACCAGGUCUUGGAGUAAAUUGUAUUUUUUCAGUAUUGUUAUUGUGAUACGAAGUUUAUAAUGUGUUUGAUGAAUAAAGUUUUUCUUAUUUUAAA